AUGGACAAGCCUCUUAAGCAAGUGGGCAUGAUCUCACCCUUGGACACGCUGGCAGAACUGGGGAAGCCCCAGAGAAACUGCUACACCCUACCAGGCUUUGAUUUUGCAUACGGGCUGUACAUCCACAGAACAGACGGAGGAGUCUCUGAAGCACUAAGCCACUGGAACACAGUAAAGCCCAGAACAGCUUUAAUUCAGAGUAUGCCCCGAGACUUCAUCACCAUGAACCGUGGUGCUCUGAAGAAUGGUUAUACCACAGCCCAUGACUAUAAUUUGUACUACAAGGCCAAGGACAUUCGGCGCAAAAAUGAUGCAUACGGUCGCUUCAACAGAUGUCCUCCUAAAGUACCUGCAGACAUGACUUAUGGCAUCACAGCACGACCCUGUACUCCCUUUUUUGACCUCCUCCACCACAAAUACAAGGAGCUGUGGAUGGAGCAGCAGAGAGCACUGACAGUAGCCCAGCGAAUGGAAAAGAAAAAGUCCAAAAAAGACAAAGUGCGUGAAACUCGUACAACGCUUCUGCGAAAAAACCCACUACCUGCGAAGGAGGAAUCUUUCUGGCACCUGCCUCGCUUCGAGAAGGUCGGGCCUCAUCUCAGUACUUUUCCAGACCGUGAUGCUCGUAAAAAGGCGUUCAGUGCCUCCCAUUGA